AUGUACUCAGAGAAGCAAACUUCAGAGAAUCAAACUUCAGACAACUAUUUCAUCCUUAUGGGACUCUUUGAUCAAACAAAAUAUGCAGCCUUCCUCUACAUUUUAAUGUUUCUUUUUUUCUUGGUGGCCUUAACUGGAAAUGUCUUUCUCAUCCUCCUGAUCCAGAGGGAGCCUCGCCUCCACACCCCCAUGUACUUCUUCAUCAGUCAGCUCUCUCUCAUAGACCUCUUGUACAUAAGUGUGACAGUCCCAAAGAUGCUUGUGGACCAAAUUACUGGAGAUAAUACAAUUUCACCCUUAGGUUGUGGGAUCCAGAUGUUCUUCUAUUUAACCCUUGCUGGAGCUGAAGUUUUCCUCUUAACUGCCAUGGCCUAUGACCGAUAUGCUGCCAUUUGCAGACCUCUCCAUUAUCCACUGCUCAUGAACCAGAGAGUCUGCCGUCUCUUCAUGUUAGGAUACUGGUUUGUGGGGCUUUUUGAGGGUUUUUUGCUCACCCCAAUGACCAUGAGCUUACCUUUUUGUCAAUUCAGGAAAAUCAUGAACUUUUUCUGUGAGGCCCCUGCCGUGCUGAAGGUCUCCUGCUCCAAUGUCUACAACUAUGAGAUAUUCAUGUACUUGUGUUGUGUCAUCAUGCUCCUCAUUCCCACUGUGAUUAUAUCUAGCUCAUAUGCUCUCAUAUUGCGCCUCAUUCACAGUAUGAACUCAGCUGAAGGUCGCAGAAAGGCCUUUGCCACCUGCUCUUCUCACAUGAUGGUAGUAAUGCUAUUUUUUGGAGCUAGCAUAUAUACCUACAUGAUCCCCAGAUCUUACCACACUGGCGAACAAGACAUGAUGGUUUCUGCUUUUUACACCAUCAUCACGCCUGUAUUGAAUCCCCUCAUUUACAGCCUCCGCAACAAAGAUGUCACAGAGGCCCUGAAGAAAAUAGUGCCAUCUGGAAAAAGAAUAACAAAAGUUGAAAAUGGAAAAACAUAG